GCACCGGGUGGAGGGAGGAAGCCUCCCCCCAUUUCUCUCUUCUCCCCCAAGCUAGGGUUUGCGCCGCCGCCGCCGCCGCCGAGGAAUCACAUGGGGACGCCGGAGACGUCGAGGGAGCCGUGCCCGGACCGCAUCCUGGACGACGUGGGCGGGGCGUUCGGGAUGGGGGCGGUGGGGGGAUCCGUCUUCCACUUCCUCAAGGGCACGUACAACUCCCCCAACGGCGAGCGCCUCGUCGGCGGCGCGCAGGCGGUGCGGAUGAACGCGCCGCGGGUCGGGGGGAGCUUCGCUGUGUGGGGCGGCCUCUUCUCCACCUUCGACUGCACCAUGGUGUUCUUGCGCCAGAAGGAGGACCCCUGGAACUCCAUCAUCGCCGGGGCCGCCACCGGCGGCUUCCUCUCCAUGCGCCAGGGCCCCGGCGCCGCCGGCCGCUCCGCGCUCGUGGGCGGGAUGCUCCUCGCGCUCAUCGAGGGCGCGGGGCUCAUGCUCAACCGCGUCCUCGCCACGCCGCCGCCGCUCCCCGCCGAUGACCCCAGCCUGGCCGCCGCCAUGGCCGGCGGCGGGAUCCCGGGGAUACCUCAGGCGUCCGUGGCGCCGCCGCUGCCCGAGGCCGCGAGCUCCAGCGGCGGAGGGGGAUGGCUCGGGGGCCUCUUCGGCAAGAAGGAGGAGGAGAAGAAGCCGAGCCCCAGCGCCGGCAAAUCGGAGAUCUUGGAGAGCUUCGACACGCCCAGCGCUCCGAUCCCCUCGUUCGAGUACAAGUGAGAAAAGAAAAAAAAAAAGAAUCACAGGUGGGUUGAUGGCCACUGAUGCUUAGGUGGACUGAUCACUCGGGAUGAGGUAGUCUGGAAAAACUAGCUAUAUUAUCAGGGAGAGGUGGAAUGCUUCUGGAUGGAACUCAUGCGAGCGCACAACUCGUUUCUAGGGCUAAGCCUCCCCACUCAGGAAGGUCUUGGGUGCUGGCUCUUAUAUGUAUUAAUAAUAAUGUUAUAACGUAUGUGAGGCUGUGAGCCGUUUUAACAUGAUGAUGCUGUUGCUAGUAGUAGUAAUACCUAUACCAUUUUUGUCGUGCAAUGUAAUGGGCGUUGAAAAAGCCUUCUUUAACUUGUGCCUUAGCCUGGCUUCUAAAGUUUUGACACUUUGAGUGA